AUGGAGAAGCAGACGCUGCUGGGCGGGCCUCUCGCCGACCGCAGCCCAACCGCCAACCGCAAACGAGCAGCCUCCAGAGCGGCCAUCUUCACCGUCGUCACCCUCUGGGCUUUGCUAUCCUGGCAAUUUCUCACAUCCCGCGGCGAUGCGCGGCCGCCCACCGCGGAACCAAAAUUCCGCACCUACCCUGGCGAGUCGAUCCGAUGGCGACCGUGUGGUGACCCCCUCAUCACCGACCAGGACCAGGACCUCGAAUGCGGCACCAUCAAUGUGCCGAUGGACCACUUUGCCUCCGCACAGACACCGCGUACCGACGGCGCGGCCAAGGCCUUCACCGUCCCGCUCGUGCGCAUGCGCGGCCGUAGCCACUCCGCUACGAACCUGCUCAUCAGCCUCGGCGGACCGGGCGCCAGCGGCGUCGCCUUCCUCCGCGGCAGGCCACGCGCCCGCGCCGCGCUCCGCCGACUUGUCGGGGACGGCCUACACAUCAUCGGCUUCGACUCGCGCGGCGUCAGCGCCUCCACCCCGCCAGCGACGUGCUACGCCUCCGAGGCCUCGCGCGCGCGUCUCCGCGCGCGUCCGCCCACCUCGGACCUCAUCCGCGACAGCCCCUACCUGUACGCGUGGGCGACCAACCACGGGCGCGCAUGUCAAGACAACGCCGGCGAGCACCUGGCCUACGUGAACACCCCGCAGACCGCCGCGGACCUCAACGUCGUCCUGGACGCCCUUGGGCAGGGGCAAAUGGCGUACUGGGGCGUAGGUUACGGCGCGCUGCUCGGGCAGGUGUACGCGACGGCGUACCCGAGCCGCGUGGGGCGCGUGGUGCUGGACGCGCUGCCGGACCAGAAGGCGUGGUUUGAGGAGUUGCUGGACGCGAGGCGCCACGAGGACGCGGAUGCGGUGGUGGACGGUUUCUUCGAGGAGUGCGCGCGCGCGGGGGAGGGCAAGUGCGCGCUGGCCGGGCGAGGCGUGACGGGCCCGGCGCUGCGCGAGAACGUGACGCGGGUAAUCGACGCGCUGUACCGCAGCCCGGCGAGCGCGUACGUCAGCGGCAGCGCGUACGGCGUCGUCGACGACUUCACGGCGCGCAUCCGCGGUCUCUUGAGGGAGAUGCAUACGCCCGCGCACUGGCCCGCGCUCGCCCGCCGCCUCGCGGACCUGCGUGCCGGCGACGCGACGGGCAUGUUCCUCGCCUACGCCGGGGAUGAUGACGGUGACGAUGAGGCGGGCCUGGUGGUGCGGCUCAACGACGGGCGGUCCGGGCCGGCGGGCGGCUGGCCACAGCCGCGCAUGCGGCUGCUGGAGAAGAUGCUGCUGCUCUUCGACAGGCGAAGAUUUGCGAUUGGCGAGGCGCGCGCGCUGCACGUCAAAUCCGGCGUGGCCGCACGGGGUGGCGCGGGAGGCGCAGGAGGAGGGUUUUGA